GCUGUUGAGGACUGACCGAACAUUUCUUCGUCUUCCCGGCGAAAGGGACGCGGCGACGGGGCCCAAAACGAAGCGGCGUUUACGGCGGAUUGUGUCCACUUAUGACGCAUUCCACGGACACGUGAGGUCCAUGUUGGGUCGAGGCGUAAAGCGGAAGUGGAGCUGCACGGAGGAGCUGGCGGCCGCAGAGGAGAAGGCGAGCGUCCCCCGGGAAGCCAGCCGCCUGCAGCAGCGCCAGCGGGUGCUGGGCCUGUGUUUGGAGAAGCUGCAGCGCUACCAAGCCGGGAUGGAGCACAGCCUGCGGCGCUCGGUGCUGCUGUUCAACACGCUGCGGCAGAUCCACGACGACAUGUGCGGCGACGCGGCGGAGGGCGCCGUCCGUCCCGACUCGCCGCUUCUGCGGGACGCCCUCAGUGUGGAAAUGUCCCUCACGUGCCCCGGGUGCGCGGAGGGCGGCCAGGAGAGCCCGUCCUCGGCGCCGUCCCCCGAACUCUCUUCCCAGGAGAUGAGCAUGGGGGCGGAGCUAAAGCCUCCUAUCAGCGCGUUCAGCGACGCGGUGAACGGCAUGGGCUACCUCGGCGACCUCGCCCUGGACGAUAUCUUCGAGGACAUCGACACGUCCAUGUACGAGACCUCGGAUCUGUGGACGGCAGGCUCGCUCUGGCCCGUCAGCGUGUCCCUGUGGGCGGACCAGGACGCCAGGAUGCGGCCCGACGGCCACGCCUUGCCCGGGAGCCUCCAAUCGCGUCUGAUGGACCUGAACGAGCUGGACCACAUCAUGGAGAUCCUGGUCAAGUCCUGAUCCAGGAGAAGGAUUGUUGCAGAUCCACAAUCAAAAGGAAGAACAAAGUCAGGUGACAGUUUUCUGGGUUCACGAAGAAACCCGGGCCGUCAGACUUGACUUGAAGGCAGCGCCGGUGCCAGCAACCAAUCAGGAGGACUUUGUCCUCAAUAGUCACCAUUCUCCUAAUUCCAUCAUCUAGUACUACCAUAUCGUUUAAGACCUGCACAAACUCCUUUGUGUUGAGUAUCAUGAAGAAUUUGGAUCCUUAAGAGAUGUGACAUCAUCGAUACGGGUGUCCCCAUCCCAUAUUUAAAGAUCCCAUAUCAGCCAGGAACUAAUAUUUAGUGCAUCCGGAAAGUAUUCACAGCGCUUCACUUUUUCCUACGUUACAGCAUUAUUCCGAAAUUGAAUAAAUUCAUUUUUGUCCUCAAAAUUCUACACACAAUACCCCAUAUUGACAAUGCGAAAACAUUUGUUUUCCAUGUAUACUUAGCCUGUUUAUUUUUAAUACAUUUGCAAACAUUUCUAAAAAAAAAAAAUUAGUUUUUUACAUUGUCAUUAUGGGCUUUUAUGUGUAGAAUUUUGAGGACAUUUUUUUUUUCCCAUUUUAGAAUGAGGCUUCAAAUUUGAAUUGGCAAAUUUAUCUGCUUUGAUGCAAAAAAAAAACUGUACAGUGCAUCCGGAAAGUAUUCACAUCGCUUCACUUUUUCCACAUUUUGUUAUGUUACAGCCUUAUUCUAAAAUGGAAUAAAUCAAUUUGUCCUCAAAAUUCGACACACAAUACCCCAUAUUGACAAUGCGAAAACCUUUGUUUUCCCUGUAUACUUAGCCUGUUUAUUUCGAAUAAAUUUGCAAACAUUCCUAAAAAAAAUAGUUUUUCACAUUGUCAUUAUGGGCUUUUAUGUGUAGAAUUUUGAGGACAAAAAUGCAUUUUUCCAUUUUAAAAUAAGGCUUCAAAUUUGAAUUGGCAAAUUUAUCUGCGUGGAUGCAGAAAAAAAACUGUACAGUGCAUCCGGAAAGUAUUCACACCUUUUCCACAUUUUGUUACGUUACAGCCUUAUUCUAAAAUGGAAUAAAUCUAUGUUUGUCCUCAAAAUUCUACACACAAUACCCCAUAUUGACAAUGCGAAA